AUAUUGGAUGCAAAAAUGGCCGAAAAAAAGCUUAAGAAAGCAUUUCUGAACAUUGUUUUACAAUCAUGGGACCGUUUUGAGGACAUUAUUCUGACACAAGAAUUUUUUGAAAAGCGUGAAUCAAAAAGUGUGGCGAGCAUUCUGGGAUGCGGCAACGGUGGAGGUGGAAGUGGCGUAAUGCUAAUGAUGGCCAAAUACAUGAAACAGGAAUUGACCUCGGAUGCCGAAGAAGAAGGUCUCGUGCCAACACUUCCUGCACGGUUUACCUCAAUACGAAAGGUGCCUUCGCUCUCCGACCUCUCUGAUCAGGAAAGCUCACUAGGUAAGUGCAACAAUGUUGACUUGAUUGAUUUCUUAUCUGCCGACAACCGACGACGACAAACUGUUGAUAUCCCAACGCAAGUGCCUCCCCUUACACCUGGAACAAACAAAAAGAUGACAGAAGCCUUAAAGGCUUCAUUCGCUUCUUGGGAAAAGGAACAAAUUCGCCUCAACAUUACCAAAGGUAAGAAAUGAAUAAUUUUCAAAAAU